ACUGCCAUUAUGUUCCUCUACCAGCUGCUCAGCUUUUUCUUUGCAGCCUCCAAAAAGGAGGAGGACUCCAGCUACGACCUGUCCCUGUACAAGCGUGGAGACUUGUUGGAGGUGCCCAGGACGUUAUUCACACAUUUUGGUAUUUACCUGGGCGACAACCGGGUGGCUCAUCUCAUUCCAGACAUCCUGCCUGCCAUCACCAAGGAUAAAUCUGCGAUAGCCAAGAUGGUGACAAACAACCGCCUGUUGAUGGGCGUCAUCACCAAGGUGGCCAGCGUCAGAGUUGACUCUGUGGCAGACUUUGCGUACGGCUCUGACAUCCUGAUCAACCACAUGGACAAAGUGUGCAGCCAGCCUCCGCUGGAUGGGGACGAGGUGGCCCGAAGGGCUGAGAAGCUGCUGGGAUCGGUCACCUACAGCCUGCUGUGGUACAACUGUGAACAUUACGUCAUGUACUGCAGAUACGGCAUGGCCAUUAGCUACCAGACAUACCAGUUCUGCACCACCGUACGUAAGAUCGUGUUCAGCAGAACGAGCUCCUACCUGACGGCUUUGUGCGGCGUCUGCUUCAUGCUGUACCUGAGCUGCGUGACGCCGCUGACGGUUCUCCUCACCGCGCUCAUCUCCUUCACCAUCUGGAUGGCUUCCUAGGCACAUCCUGUGAAAUGGAAUGAAAGACUGCAAUGACAGACAGAAAUGAAGCCCAGCAAAGUUUAAAUAAUAUGCGACAGGAUCGUCCUAGUGGUUGUUUAUUACAGCAAGGUGUUUUUUUUUAAUAUGUUUUUAGAUUUAUUUUGUUGUUGCCUUGUACUGACUGACAUUAAUUUGCAACAAGAAGUGGUGCGGAUUUUAAUAUAUUCUUAAAUUGUGGAUGUACUUAUUCUGCUUUUGUGCUAAAAUAUUUACUGAACUCUUUUAUCAGUUGCAGUCAUGGAUUACAAAUUGAUUUCCACACUAAGAAAGUCACAACACAUUGAGGACUGCAAUAAGGC